GUCUGUGACACGUCGUUGACAGGUUCUAGUUGUCAUGAGUCUGUGCCUCCGAGUUCUCGCUCUCUUGGUCGUCUUGCAGGCUGUUGUUGACUCAGCCUACCCUGGCGCUAACACCGAAAUGCCGUUUAUUAGCUGGAUAAAACCUCUAGACAAUGAACACUCUCGCCCAGAGAAUGACGCAUUAGGGCAUUACAAUUAUAGUCCUGCUCCUCAAAUCAACAAAAAAGGUCGACGCGAUAUUGAAGAUCGCCUACAGCAACACCCAAGCGCGGAUCGCAUUAGAAAUUCAAGAACAAAUCGGAACCAAGUUGGGUACAGCAAACAGAACCUGCACAACACUCAACCGGCGGAUCAGAACCCAUCCAGAACCGAAAUGGCUGACUCCCAGACAUACGAUAGAGAACUGGAGGAGAGGAAAAUGUUUCGAAUCAAGCAAAUUCAGAUCCAAAUUUUGCAGCAGCUACAACUGGAUUCAGCACCCAACGUCACUGGCAUUGUCGAGAGCUCAAAUCCUGACAUCAAGAAGCUGAAAGAGCAAAUCAACGAUAGCAACCAGAAUACGACUCGUGAUAACAACUACCAGAGGGACAUGCCGAAAGAGUUCAGCAAUAAGAUCUUCAUCCCCGUCGAAGACCGUUACCCGUUCGACUUCCAGCACUCGAACACGAGUGACAUAAUGUACUUCAAGAUGAGUCACGGUGAGAUCAGCCAAGCCUUCAUCCACUUGUGGAUCAAGCCUGUGAGAUCAGCUCCAGGCUCCAAGCACGUCAUAGAAAUUUACAAAGUCAGCGCGCCCGUCGACAAGAACAACUACAUCAGAAUGAACAUGCUGUCCGUCGACACGGUGAACUUGGAGCACAACAAAGGCUCGUGGAUUCGGUACCCAGUGUUCGCGAUGGUGGCGGACUGGGCCACGAACCCCGACAACAACCUGGGCAUGAUCGUCAUCAUGAAGGGUCCAGACGACAACCAAAUUGCCGUCACUAACUCCAAGGAGGAACCUGAGAAAGCGCCGUUGCUGGAAGUGCAGUUCAUCCACGAGAGCGACAAAGCGAACCGACUCGCCCGCUCCCCAGACGGCGGCAAAUGCUCCCUGACUGAGACCAGAUGCUGUCGCUUCCCCCUUCCUGUCAACUUCACGGAGCACAACUUUGACUUCAUUGUUGCUCCCAAGGUGUACAUGGCUAAUUUCUGCAAUGGAACUUGUGAUUACCUGUACGCACAGCAGCACAUACACAUGGCUAUGGUGCAGAAAAUACACAGUGGGACUGCGACACACGGUCCGUGUUGUGGUGCAAAGGAACUCAUGCCUCUCAACAUGCUCUACUACGACCAUGACAGAAAAAUACGCUUCGAUACCAUCAAUGACAUGAUCAUUGAGAAAUGCAGUUGUGAUUAGGAUUUACUGAGGAGAUAUGCUCUUCAAGAAAGAGGUUACUCUUUGUUGAAUUAGGGUGUGAUACUGUGAUCUGGGGUAAUUGUCGAGUCGUGCUUUAUUAUAAUGGGGUAAUAAUAAGAAGAGAAUGUGGGUUCACAAUUAGUUUACUACUAAUAUUUAUUACGUACUAACAGGUCAGCCCGACGUUGAACAGGCUGGAUAAUACCGGAAAUUUUGGAAUCAUGUCGUCCCUAAACCAGCCAUUCCGCUGUCUUGAAUCCCAUUGUCUCUUUCAACUCACAUUUAAAGUAGUACAUAACACUAACAUUUGCGUCUCAUUUCAAAUUAUUAAAUGCAGCUUUUUAUUUCUUUAAAUUAAUUUCAUUCCUUCCAAUUUAUAAAUCAAAUUUCAAUUUGUUGUCCCUAUCCUUUCCUACCAGUUUUGGAAUGCCAUUCAAUCCUAACUCCGAGCACAAAAUUUCCGGUCCUCGUAAUAUCCGAACGCGAAACAUAAUAAGUAUCCUGGAAACGCGUUCCAACUGCUCCUAAACAUUUGCGGUGCCAGGGCUUCAAACUCACACACACUUCCACGAAUAUUUAUAAGAUAUAUCAUGUGGCGUAUCAUGAAGAGGUGUUUUAUUCCUAUGCUGUACAUAUUUUGAUCUUAUCAUCUCAUAAUACGUUAAAUUUCUAUCACAGGCAUUUUGAAGGAGAUUUGAAUAAUUUACAAGAUGCAAUUGGCUCAAGGGCUAAAAUCAUAUGAAAUUAUUUUAUUUCUUUGUUAUUGAGUAUGUCAAAUAAUGAAAUAAAUAUUUAAAUCUGUCAUGCCUGAGCAAUAGGCUACUUCAUUCUCACAUUGAGAGCAUUGUGAAUUUUGAACUGGUAAUUAAGACAUUCACCACGACCAACUCUAGGUCUGUGGUAAAUUCUAUUGUCAUUUCAACUUGCUUGCUAACUUAAUAAUAAUCAAAUAUUGAACAGUGAUGAAAAGUCAUUGUGACUGAAAGAAUCAGAAAUCGUUCAUAUUGUUUUUUGGUGGCGCUUUGUGUUAUUUAGCAUAUAAGAAUAUUAUUGUAUAACUACGAUUUGGUUGAUAUUUAUUGUAGCCAUGGUUUUCUCUAAACUUGUAUCAAGAGAAAAAGUUGCGUCAUCCCUGAAAAUCUUUAAAGGAAGCUCAUGGAAUUAUCCAUUUAUUAUAAUCCGAUGAAUCUCAAUGGAUAUACGCAGUAUUAUAAUGAACUCGUAUACAUGACUGUAUACAGUAUAAAUGAAUCUUAAACGUAUACAGUAAAUUGGUUAAUUUUUCAUUCAUUUAAAAAUGAAAACAUUCCAUCUACAUAUUCAAGCCGAAUAGUCGCGGUUUUGCAAGAACUUAGGUUGAAAAUAAAUGAUGUGAAGGAAAUGUAGUAAAAUGUGCGUAACAAAAUUUAUAUUUUUCAUAUCAAAUUAUAAAGUUUUUAUAUAUUAUGGCAUCGACUAUGUUCUAUGAGUAAGUUUAAUGAGAGCGUCUAACAUUUGUUACAACUAAUAUGUUGACAAUAGUCCCUUACCCGAAGUUUCUAAUGUAAAUCUAAGCUGAUCGAUAAAUCUUAAAAUGAAAUUUCGAACGUUCUUCGUUCGUUCUAGAUCCUUAAUUACUACUGUUCUUAGAAUUAUAUUUAUUUCAUUGUCACAUACCAUUUUAACAUCUACACAAUCAUAUCAUAAUAAUCUACCACGAAUAUGAAUGUAGUAAAUGAUUAUGCAUGUGUGUAUAUGAAAUAUUUUAAACGUUGAACUUAUUUAAAUACGCAUACGGUUUUUAAACAUUCAUCAGUAAGCACUUCAUAUAAACUCAUUCAAGUUUAUUGUUAGGGCUUUUAUAAUUUGUACAAAUAGUCAUAAAUUUACCGUUUCCUCUAUGAAAUUCAACAAUUUCACCAUUUGCCUUAAUUUUUUUUUAAAGUAAACGUCCAUUUCCAUUGCUCCGUCUAUUCUGCAAUAUAUUUUUUCUCCGCCCUGUGCAUCUGCUCUGAGAGCGCGCUGCACGAGCCAGGAGUCUUUCGGCCUCAUAGAACACAAAAUGAAUGCUUUGUUUGAAAUUAAUAUUACGCUGGUAAUGCUACUAGAAAAUGCUAUAUAUAUUGCAUCAUCGCAAUUCAACGGUGUCUUUUAUUUCUCUACCUGAGGCGCAUCUUAGGUUUCGAUCCAACAAGUUUCAAUGACCACGAUCACUAUUGUGAACAAUAACAAAAUUCCAAAAAUUAAAGCCACUUAAUUCAUUGAUCAUAUCUGUGCUAUUGCAACAAAAUUUAACAAACAAAAACCUUCAGCAGGAGCCACCACAUCAAUAGUAGAUUGUUGAUUCUGUGCGUCACCAACCAUGCAGACAAAAACCACUCGCAUCGAUGGAACAAUUUACAUCGUUUUUUGACAAGUAAUUUGUGAAAACCGAAGCAAAAUUACAAUUGAUAGACUCUUAUUGGCUUUCAGUCUGCUGAAUUUGAUUUCAUCCCUGAGAAGAAUGGCAUUUGAUGUCAAUUUGCUUGCGUAUGAUUAAUUUUCACUCUACACAUUGAGUAUUGCGAGUCUCAGCGGGUUAGUUUCACAGAAUUCUCUUCUAUAGCAUUCGGUUUCAUACAUAAAAAGUCAAGAGAAAAAGCGUUCUAUAAGAUUCACAAACAUUUUUCCUACUUAAGUCUACGCCAAAAAAACGAGUUGUAUGAUGAAAAUAUUGCUUCAAUUCGAAAAAUGGAUAUUCUAGACAGGACGUAAUUAACUCGUAUACAACGCAGCACUGUUUUGCACUAUGUCGUCUGCUACAUUCGAUGCAAUGUUUAGAAGGACUUAUAUCGAAAUGGCACGUCAUGCAGAUACAAUUAUUAGUAAGGCUUAUAUCGGUGUAUCACAUUUGGUUCAAUAAUUAAUAAGACUUAUAUAGAUUUUUCACAUUCAGAUUCAGCAAAGUGUUUAUAAAGACAUCUAUAGAUGCGUCAGAUUAAAAAUAAAAAAAUGGGUAGGAAAAACGUUGAGAAUGUCUCGGACAUGGAGACUACCGAUGAUCUUUUAACCAGGAGAUUGAGAUGUCAACCCCUUCGUUGAGUGUUUUAGAGAAAAAAACAUUCCAAAUUACUAUGUACUUAACCCUAGUUUAUAAUUCAACAGUUAUGAAUCAGUAAAAUAUUUUUGUUUCUGUU